AGGAGAGUGGGGCCCGGCGGUGGAGGGGAAGCGAAGGGGUGCCGAGAGCGGGUGUGCGGGGACUCGGCGAAGGUGCGUCCCGAGCGGCGACAACUCAGGGCGUCCCAGCCUGCCAGAAAGAAGGAUGGUGGCGGCGGGGCGCGGGCCAGCCCGGCCGCGGGCACCGUGAGCCGGAGUGCAGCGCCCGGCAUGUGGCUGCGAUCCCUGGCCUCGGCCCCGCUUCGUCCCCGCCGCGCGCCCUCGCCGAGCGGCGCGCACCAUGCCGCGGGUGCCCGCGACCCUCUACGCCUGUCUGCUCGGGCUCUGCGCGCUCGUGCCGCGCCUCGCAGGGCUCAACAUUUGCACUAGUGGAAGUGCCACCUCAUGUGAAGAAUGUCUAUUAAUUCACCCCAAAUGUGCCUGGUGCUCCAAAGAGUACUUUGGCAAUCCACGGUCCAUCACCUCUCGGUGUGACUUGAAGGCAAACCUCAUCCAAAAUGGCUGUGGAGGUGAGAUUGAGAGUCCAGUCAGCAGCACCCGUGUCCUUCGGAGCCUACCCCUUAGCAGCAAGGGCUCCAGUGUCUCGGGCUCUGACGUCAUCCAGAUGACACCACAGGAGAUUGCAGUGAGCCUCCGGCCAGGCGACCAGACUGCCUUCCAGCUUCAGGUGCGCCAGGUGGAGGACUAUCCCGUAGACCUAUACUACCUGAUGGACCUUUCCCUCUCCAUGAAGGAUGACUUGGACAACAUCCGGAGCCUGGGCACCAAGCUUGCUGAGGAAAUGAGAAAGCUCACUAGUAACUUCCGGUUGGGUUUUGGGUCUUUUGUUGACAAGGACAUCUCUCCUUUCUCCUACACGGCACCGAGAUACCAGACCAAUCCAUGUAUUGGUUACAAGUUAUUCCCAAACUGCGUCCCUUCCUUCGGGUUCCGCCAUCUGCUGCCUCUCACAGACAGAGUCGACAGUUUCAACGAGGAAGUGAGGAGGCAGAGGGUGUCCCGGAACCGUGAUGCCCCUGAAGGGGGCUUUGAUGCUGUCCUCCAGGCGGCUGUCUGCAAGGAGAAGAUCGGUUGGCGAAAAGAUGCACUGCACUUGCUGGUGUUCACAACGGAUGACGUGCCUCACAUCGCGCUGGAUGGAAAACUGGGCGGCCUGGUUCAACCACACGAUGGCCAGUGUCACCUGAACGAAGCCAAUGAAUACACUGCAUCCGACCAGAUGGACUAUCCGUCGCUUGCCUUGCUUGGGGAGAAGCUGGCGGAGAACAACAUCAAUCUCAUCUUUGCAGUGACGAAGAACCACUAUAUGCUCUACAAGAAUUUUACAGCCCUGAUACCUGGAACCACUGUGGAGAUUUUGCAUGGAGACUCCAAAAAUAUUAUUCAACUGAUUAUCAAUGCGUACAGUAGCAUCCGGUCUAAAGUGGAGCUGUCAGUCUGGGAUCAGCCGGAAGACCUUAAUCUCUUCUUCACUGCGACCUGCCAAGAUGGUAUCUCCUACCCUGGUCAGAGGAAGUGUGAGGGUCUGAAGAUUGGGGACACGGCAUCCUUUGAAGUGUCCGUGGAGGCUCGGAGCUGCCCUGGCAAACACACAGCUCAAUCUUUCACCCUGCGCCCCGUGGGCUUCCGGGACAGCCUGCAGGUGGAAGUCACCUACAACUGCACGUGUGGCUGUAGCACAGGACAGGAGCCCAGCAGUGCCAGAUGCAGCGGGAACGGGACCUACGUCUGUGGGCUGUGUGAAUGUGACCCCAGUUACCUGGGCACCAGAUGCGAGUGCCAGGAGGGGGAGAACCAGAGCGGGUACCAGAACCUGUGCCGGGAGGCAGAAGGCAAGCCUCUGUGCAGUGGGCGUGGGGAGUGCAGCUGCAACCAGUGCUCCUGCUUCGAGAGUGAGUUCGGGAGGAUCUACGGCCCCUUCUGCGAGUGUGACAGCUUUUCCUGCGCCAGGAACAAGGGUGUCCUAUGCUCAGGCCACGGCGAAUGUCACUGUGGAGAAUGCAAGUGCCAUGCAGGUUACAUUGGGGACAAUUGUAACUGCUCAACGGACAUCAGCACUUGCCGGGCCAAGGAUGGGCAGAUCUGCAGUGACCGUGGCCGCUGUGUCUGUGGGCAGUGCCAGUGUACAGAGCCCGGAGCCUUUGGGGAAACAUGUGAGAAGUGCCCAACCUGCCCAGAUGCCUGCAGCUCCAAGAGAGACUGUGUAGAGUGCCUGCUGCUUCACUCGGGGAAACCUGACAACCAGACCUGCCACCACCAGUGCAGAGAGGAGGUGAUCACGUGGGUAGACACCAUCGUCAAAGACGACCAGGAAGCUGUGCUUUGCUUCUACAAAACUGCUAAGGACUGCGUCAUGAUGUUCAGCUAUACAGAACUGCCCAAUGGGAGGUCCAACCUGACGGUCCUCAGGGAGCCAGAGUGCGCAAGUGCCCCCAAUGCCAUGACCAUCCUGCUGGCUGUGGUUGGCAGCAUCCUUCUGAUCGGGAUGGCACUUCUGGCCAUCUGGAAACUGCUUGUCACCAUCCAUGACCGCCGAGAGUUUGCCAAGUUCCAGAGUGAGCGCUCCAGGGCCCGCUAUGAAAUGGCUUCCAACCCCCUGUACAGAAAGCCCAUCUCCACACACACCGUAGAUUUCGCCUUCAACAAGUUCAACAAAUCCUACAACGGCUCAGUGGACUGAGGCCCUCUUCUGAAUGGUUGGAGGGGGACUGAGCGUAAAGACUGGCGCGUCUUGGAUUGCUUUCCACUUGUUCGCGCUAGCUAGGCAAGCAACGGGAUGCCCUCCAUGCAGCCUUAGGGGGCCUGCUACCCACACAAGAGGUAGCUGACCAUGACCUGUGCCUACAGACCAGGGACGCAUGGGGCCACUUCCCUUCAAGCCAGGAGAAGCAAGGACACUCUGGCAUUCUCAGCUUCUCUGCUGCCUCCAGCUUGCUGUCUCCAUGAACUGCUGAAGGUUGGGCUGCCUCUCCCUUCCCCGCCUGGCCAGACAAGAUGGUAUCUGGAAGAGUCUGCGUGCACAAAGCUGGCGCACAGCCUGGCCUUUUCGGGUUGGUUGGGUUUUCUAUGAAAUAAAAAGGUCACGCAUUUAUGAUGUAGAUCUGAUUACUGACUCCCUGAGGACUGCCUGGUAUCUGUGGGUAUUGGUAGAUUUGGGGAGGUGCCUGUUGAAGGUAUACACCUUGUAAAUGAUAGCUUUUUCCCUCUUGUCCGUGUUUGUUUAGUACUUUUAAAUGAAAAGAUUUUCUGGGAUUGGAAGUAAAGAUUGAAUCCAAGCAA